UGUGCCCCCUGCCCCGGGAACCUGUCCGGGGAAUGGGCACCGGGCUGUGCCCCCAUUCCCCAGGAGAGCCCCGGGUGGGUCCGAAGGGGGGACCGGGCUGUGCCUCCCCUUCCCCGGGGACGCCGGCGAGGCCGCACCGAGCGGGAGCCGCGUCCGGGGGGACGCGGGAGGGGCGAGCGCCCACCGGGCACCGGCACGGCUGAGAAACUCCGGGUUUUUAUUUUUUCCCCCUAUUCCUCAUCUCCCGUGUUCUGCCCAGCGCUGUGCCGGCAGGAGAACAAACCCUCCCAGCUCGGGGCUGAGACAGGACAGAACCCCCCACUCUGGGCCGGGAGGGAACAGACCCCAUCCCUGAAGUCCUUCCCUCCUCCCUGCCCCUCCAUAGGCACAUCCACCCAUGAGUUCCAGCCCUGCUCCGGGACUGCCCGCCCGCAGUGCCCAGCACUGCUCCUGGGUUUGGGCUUUUUUCGGUACAAAAAGUUACUCCACCAAAGCUUUUGCUGGAAAAGCGACUGUUUGUUGUCUGAAUUAACUGGUGUAAGGCCCAGCUGCGCUGAGCUGGGGUCCUGGGGGACAUGCUUGUGCCCUUCCAGACCCUCUGGAAAGUGUUCGUUCCAGGAAAUCCCAGCUGUGCCACAGUGUCCUUGGAUGGGGACAGAAUAGCCGACAGGCCCUCCUGGCAUGGCACUGAGCUGGAUGGAAGGGAUUCUAGUUGCCAGAUAAAAGCGUGUGGAAUGGGUUGUCAGGGAGCAGCUGCUUUCACGACAUUCCUCUCCGCACCUUUGUCACCGCGUGGUUCGGGGAUGAGUUCAGUGCCCCUUGCCAGCUUGCUGAGAUUCCAUCUCUUGGUGCCAGAUGGCCCCGAGUGGGCAGUGCCGAGUGCUGUGCCCUGGGACCAGCAUCCGUGGGUCUCCCAGGGCACAGGGGCACCUCCAGAACCUUCACCGGGGGGGAUGCUGCCCUUUGCCAGGAAGUUUGUCGCCGGUGCUGACCUUGGAGGUCCCUCCCUGCCUGUCAGGAUGGGAAGGUCAGCCUGUGUUGUCGAGGUGUAGCUCCUUGUUAGGUUAGGUUUGAACUGAGCCACUGCUGGAUCCCAAGGAAAACUGUUUGCCGGGUUUUACUGAGGACUGGCUGCUCCUCGCAGGAUGCCCCGGGCAAAGAUGUCGGGGAGCCAGGCGCAGAUGGGGAGAGCUGUGCCCUGCCUGCGCUGCCGAGGGACCUGCAUGGGCUUCGAGCCACACUCCUGGAGGAAGAUCUGCAAGUCGUGCAAGUGCAGCCAGGAGGAGCACGGCCUGAGCUCGGAGCUGGACGAUGACCGCAAGGUCGGGCGCCUGCUGGCCGACUCCAGGUACUCCUCGCUGACCGCGCGGCUCAAGGGCGGCGACGGCGUCCGCGUCUACAAGAGGAACCGCAUGAUCGUCACCAACCCCAACAUCUCGGGCAAGGACCCCACCUUCGACACCAUCACCUACGAGUGGGCUCCCCCGGGGCUCGCCCAGAAGCUGGCCAUGCAGUACAUGGAGCUGAUCCCGAGGGAGCUGCAGCCGGUGGCGGGCACGGACGGGGCUCUGCAGCGGCGGCGGCGGCUGGCCAGGCAGCUCCCGCUGUACGACCAGGACCCCGCGCAGUGCCGCGGCCUCGCCGAGGGCGAGCACCGCCUGAUGGAGGAGUUUGUGAAGAAGUACAAGGCCGAGGCGCUGGGCGUGGGGGAGGUGGCACUGCCCGGCCAGGGCGGCGGCGGGAAGGACGAAGGGAAGCCCCAGGAUAAGAGCAUCGACUCCAGCAAACCCCCCGAGUCCACCAACGGGGCCCUGGAGAGCGUGGCCGGGCACUACCGCUGCGAGACCUGCAAGCAGGCGGUGCCCGGGGACUGCCCCGUGGUCUACGCGGACCGGGCCGGCUACUCCCGCCAGUGGCACCCGGCCUGCUUCGUGUGCUGCCGCUGCUCCGAGCCCCUCGUCGACCUCAUCUACUUCUGGAAGGGCGGGGCCGCCUGGUGCGGGCGCCACUACUGCGAGAGCCUGCGGCCCCGCUGCGCCGGCUGCGACGAGAUCAUCUUCUCGGAGGACUACCAGCAGGCAGAGGGGCUGGCCUGGCACAAGAAGCACUUUGCCUGCCUGGAGUGCGAGACGCCGCUGGUGGGCAAACCCUUCGCCCUGGCCAACACCAGCCUCCUGUGCACCAUCUGCAGCCAGAGCAAGCGCCUCUGAGGGGGGCAGCCGGGGCCCCGCGGGCCCCCCGAGGUCCCACCAGGACUGGGGGCAUUGGGCAAGUACAGGAGAAGGAGAAGGUUAAAGAAAUUAGAGCCUGAGUAUUCACUUGCAUCCAGCACAGCCCGGGGCGGGUAUUUUCUUGGGGUCCUCUUGGAUCUGAAGGGAACCCUUAUGGCCAUGGGUGGGAGGUGCAUGGCAUACCUGGCAAGGAGGAACUGGAAAGGAGGGGCUGUGCUGUGCUGGUUUUUAUCGUCUGUCCAAGCUUCUUAUGACUAAGAUCUUGCAAUAGUAUUUUGGAAAUAACACAUCUCAACAGUAACUUCUGGCAUACUAAACCUACGGUCAUGGUCAAAACCAAGGGGUGUUUGUGGUUUUUGAAAUCCUUACUGGAAUUAGGCUGACAGGCUGCUGUGGCUGUGCCAGGGCAGUGGGUUUGAGGAAUCUGAUCAACCUUCUAAAAGCAAAUGGUGUAAAAUUGCAGCCACACGCAGCCAUAGCUUUGUCCUCUGCACGUGCAAUGGUGUCAAACCAAGGAGUGGGCACACAGGGGGAUGGGCUCAGCCCCGUGAGAGGGGCAGGGCACAGCUCUGCCUGGGCAGCAACUGGCUCAGCCCCUGGAGCUGCAGCCAUGGAACUGGAACACAAAGAAUUUUGUGGAAAACCGCUUUCCAGCCUAAGGUGUCUUGGGGGGCAGGGAGGGUGUGUCCCUGAGAUGCUACAAUGCUGCUUUACCCUGCAAUACAUCAGUGACCCCCCCAGGUACCAGGGAGCUGUACCUUCCCCUCUGAGCCAGCAGCACCUCACCCUGGGCUCUGCCCUGCUUCUUGUCCCACAGCUCUCCCAUCCCCUCUUGGAUCUGAUGAUGGGAGUGACAUUAUCCCAGGAUCCAGCACUGAGUCCCUGAGAAUUGUAUUUGUUCCCUACAUCAAGCAAUGUCACUGAAAACAUCGGCUACUCCAGGCUGGCAGGUGUCUGUGUGCUCAGUCUGUUUUCUUACAUUAAAAAUCUAUGUUAUUUGCCAGAGAA